AAACAGAACAAAAAAAGUUUUCCCAUAAAUCAUUCACUAUUCAAGUACAAGAUAAUGUAUCAAGAGCAAAUCAAGAGAAGAAACAACACCCAACAAUUUACAGAGUAUGUAAAAUCUCUGGAAACAAUUUUUUACAUUGGAACAUGUAAAUGUGAUUUGAAGGUAGCUCCAUGUGCAUGCGGCUGGGUUCCCGAACGCCUCAAAGAAUUCAUGCACGAUCAACAUAAUCAGAGAAGACUAACAAUGAAUGCAUUUAUGAUGGAAACUGAAGAGCAAGGAGCAACGUCUAUGUCAUCAAUGCCAACAUACCAGGUUCAAGAAGAUAUGGAUAGAAGCACAAGUUCACAAUACACAGAGAGAUACGAUUGUUUUAACUUUGCCUUGGUAUGUGACAGAUUUGGUGUGCCUGACAGAGUAGCAUCAGCAUUAGGAACCGCUCUUUUGCAAGAUUUUAAAAUUAAAGAUAAGCAUGGGAAAUCUCUCAACAUGGAUAAAUCGAAAGUUCGCAGAGAAAAAGAGAAAUGCAGACAAGAAGUGCUUCGCAAACGGUUAGAUGAUACCAAUUUGUUGGCGUUUUCAUUCGAUGGCAGAAAAGAUGAUACUUUAACGAUAGAUAAAAUUGAUGAGAAGUAUCAUACUAGGAUGGUAAAAGAACCUCAUCUUGUUAUUUUGAGAGAACCCAAUUCUGAAUUGAUUGGUUACGUAAGACUGGAACAUGAAACCGCUGAAUACAAAACAACCAAAUUAAAUGGUUUUUUCAACGAUAAAAAUAUAUCACUGGAUACAUUAAUUGAAAUAUGCACUGAUGGUGAGCCAACAAACACUGGCCCACACGGUGGAAUUAUACGACGAUUCGAAUUGCUCACUGGACCAAGAUCGGCAACCGGAAAACUGAGCCGUCAAAUCGAAACUUAUGAAACUGUUCCGGUGGUGGACGCCUUCUAG